GCGCGACCGCCCCAAUUCCCUCGCCGCGCCACCCAGCCCCCUGCUAGCAGCAGCCGCCAUGGCAACCAACACCCGCCCCAUCGUCUCGGUGAAGGCCCUGGAGGGUGACAUGACCACCGACUGCGCCGGCCUCGCCCUUGCCGAGGUCUUCCGCUCGCCGAUCCGCCCCGACGUUGUCCGCUCAGUCCACAGGUUGCUCUCCUGCAACAAGCGCCAGCCCUACGCCGUCUCCCGUCGCGCCGGACACCAGACCUCGGCCGAGUCUUGGGGCACGGGGCGUGCGGUGUCACGUAUUCCUCGUGUCCCUGGAGGCGGAACACACCGCGCUGGCCAGGGGGCCUUCGGCAACAUGUGCUGUGGGGGACGUAUGUUCGCACCCACCAAGACCUGGCGCAAGUGGCACCGCCGCGUCAACGUCCACAUGCGACGUGUCGCCGUCACCUCCGCCCUCGCCGCCACCGCCGUCCCAGCCCUUGUCCUCGCCCGCGGUCACCGCAUCGAAACCGUCCCUGAGAUGCCCCUUGUCAUUUCUGACUCGGCGGAGUCCAUCGAGAAGACUUCUCAGGCCAUCAAGAUCCUGAAGCAGACCGGUGCCUAUGCUGAUUCUGAGAAGGCCCAGGACUCUGUUGGCAUCCGAACUGGCAAGGGUAAGAUGCGCAACCGCCGAUACAUCAACCGCAAGGGGCCUCUCGUUGUCUACGGCACUGAGGGAUCGAAGAUCGUCAAGGCCUUCCGCAACCUGCCUGGUGUGGAUGUCGCCAACGUUGAGCGCCUCAACCUUCUCGACCUUGCCCCUGGUGGCCACCUUGGGCGGUUUGUAAUCUGGACGGAGACUGCAUUCAAGAAGUUGGAGGAGGUGUAUGGCACCUUUGAUGCGCCUUCACAGAGGAAUGGCUUCUUUCUGCCAAGGCCCAAGAUGACCAACGCUGACCUUGGCAGGAUCAUCAACUCUGAUGAGGUGCAGUCUGUCGUUAAGCCAACCAACAAGGAGAUAAAGCUCAGGAAGAAGAGGAGGAACCCGCUCAAGAAUGUGGCUGCAGUGCUCAAGCUGAACCCCUACUUUGGCACUGCCCGCAGGAUGGCUACCCUCGUGGAAGCUGCUCGCAUGAAGGCAAGGAAGGAGAAGAUUGCUUCCAAGAGGACCAGGCUUAGCCCGGAGGAAGCUGCCAAGGUCAAGGCUGCUGGCAAAGCAUGGUACAAGACCAUGAUAUCCGACAGUGACUACACUGAGUUUGAUGUCUUCUCGAAGUGGCUCGGUGUGUCGCAGUAAGCAUGUUCUGAUUAAGUUUUGGGUACUAGUCCUGUCAAGUUAAGUCGGCGAGAACUUCCCAAAAGGAUUCUCGUUUCUCUAUAUAAUCCUAUUAUUAGCUGAGUUUUUUUCCCCGAGAAUUCUGCUAUGUCUGUUUUGUGUUUCUGUUGUCGUGAGAACAUGUAUAUGAUGUUGUUCAAACUGC